UUCCUCAACCCCUUUACUCACUUUAGCAUGGUAUCAGAGACUUCCGUAUAAUACUAUACAAAGUAUCAAUUUUUUUUUCUCUUCUUUUCUUUUCCCAGCCUAUAUUUAUCAUCCCCCAGAGACUUAUCCCAUGACUACACCAACGGAUGAAGUCUCCACAACCACACACACCUCGAUUAUGGAUUUUCGCCGGAAAAUUAAUGACCCAUCUUCUCCAUAUUACCUUCACAAUUCCGAUUUUCCGGGUCUUAAUAUUUGUGGUGUCGCUCUUCGCGGAGAAUCCAACUAUCGUGAAUGGGCAACCGCUAUGAAAAAUGCCUUCCGUGCAAAACGAAAGCUUGGUUUUUUGGAUGGUUCCAUCUCUCAACCCACGCCACACGCCCACGACCUUGAAGAUUGGUUCACCGUUCAUUCCAUGUUGGUAGGGUGGCUCAUGUCAUCCAUCGACCCGCCCUUGCGUUCCAAUGUCGCCUUUAUGGAUAACGCCCGCGACCUUUGGGAUGAUUUAAAAAUCCGUUUUGAUGUCGCCGACGCUAUGCGCAUGCAUGAGCUAAAAGAGGCUAUACGCACAUGUCGGCAAGCCGGCCAAUCUGUGACGAUCUAUUUUGGUCGCCUUAAAACUCUAUGGGAUGACUACGCUGCUUACCGAAUAUUGCCCCAAUGCAAAUGUGGUAAGUGUUCUUGCAAUCUUGACAAAGAAUUCCUUGAAAGUGUGGAGCUUGAAAAAUCACAUGAGUUUCUCAUGGGUCUUGAUGGAGAAAUUUAUGGUGUCCUACGUUCUAAUAUUCUGAGCAUGACGACCCUUCCUGCACUCAACAAAAUUUAUCAAAUGGUGGUUCAAGAAGAACGCCACCGGAAUGUGACCCGUACUCAGGACACCCGCAUGGACGCGGUGGCUUUUGCUAUGCGCCCCAGCUCUUCUAUUAGUGUCAUAAAGGAUGGUGACAAAGAAAAGGUAUUUUGCCAUUUUUGUAAGAAAAAUGGUCAUGAUAUCAAACAUUGCUUCAAAAUAUCUGGGAAUUACCCCGAUUGGUGGUAUGGUAACAAAGGUGGAUGUGGUCGAGGAAACACUCCAGGACAGGGUCGUGGUAGAGGAGGACCACCUUCCUUGGGUGUUCAUGCGGUCAAAGUUGAAGACAUCCCUGGAGUUUCAACUCCAAACAUCAACCGUGCAUCUAUGCCCAUGCUCUCUGACACUCAGUGGAACAAUUUUUUAAGCAUGCUAAAUGAUAGUAAAAGGUCUUGUAAAACUGAAAAACUCACAGGACCUCAAUUUGAGGACGCUGAUUGGAGUGGGUGAACGGCGUGGUGGUGUCUACUACUUUGUUGGUGCAAAUUUAAUUCGGGCUCUCAGUGCAACAACUUUGGAUCUGUAUCAUCUGUGGCACCAACGACUGGGUCAUGCUUCUUCUAAAGUUAUUCGUCUGUUACCUGUUUUUCAUUCUGAAAAAGGCAAUACUGCCAUUGAAAAUAAAAUUUGUGAUGCUUGUAUGCGUGCCAAACAAGCUCGCACUGUUUUCCCUUUCAGUACUAAUCGGGCAUCGGAACCAUUUGAAUUAUUACACUGUGAUGUUUG